AUGGCUAUCAACAACAACAACAAGAACACAUCUUUUCUAUUCCCACAGACUAAUUCCACUAUUCUCCCUGACCCCUCCAAAUUCUUCUCUCAAAAUCUGCUAUCCACACCCCUCCCCACUAACUCUUUCUUCCAAAACUUUGUCCUCAACAAUGGUGACCAAGCUGAAUACAUUCAUCCUUACCUUAUCAAAUCAUCAAACUCAUCACUUUCUGUUUCAUACCCAUUUCCAUUCUUCAACUUUUUUGCUAAAUCUCAAGAUUUCUGUCCUGAUCUUACCAUCACUUCGUCUUCAAAAAGUUCCAAUGAGAAACACAUAAUCUCUUCUUACAGUGAUCUUAGUGUAACCUUAGAUAUUCCUUCUUCAAACUUGAGAUUUUUUCUUGUUAGGGGAAGUCCCUUUUUGACUUUUUCUGUCACACAACCAACCCCUCUUUCUAUCACAACAACCCAUCUUAUUCGCUCUUUUACUUCCAAUGAUUCUCUCACAAAGUAUACUUUUAACCUUCGCAAUAGUCAAACAUGGAUUUUGUAUGCUUCUUCACCGAUUACUAUUCGCAAGGUACCUAAUGAUACUUCUGACGUUUUCUGCUAUCAUAUUGAUGAGAUCACUUCUGAGCCAUUUUCUGGCAUUAUUAGGAUAGCUAUGUUGCCGGAUUUGAAAAAUGAAGCUGUUCUUGACAAGUUCAGUUCAUGUUAUCCUGUAAGUGGUGAUGCUGUUUUUGCAAGACCGUUUUGUGUUGAGUAUAAAUGGGUGAAGAGAGGUUCAGGUGAUUUACUUAUGUUAGCACAUCCUUUUCACCUUAAAAUUUUAUGUGAUAUUAUUGAUCGUGAUGCUACUAUUUUGAGUGAUUUCAAGUAUGAAAGUAAAGAUGGUGAUCUUGUUGGUGUUGUUGCUGAUUCUUGGUUUUUGAAAAUUGAUCCUGUUUCUGUAACAUGGCAUUCUUCAAAUGGUGUGAAAAAAGAAUACCAUAAAGAAAUUGUUUCUGCUCUUUUGAAAGAUGUUGAGAAACUGAACUCAUCAGAAAUAACAAAAACAUUAUCUUAUUAUGAUGGAGCAUUGAUUGCUAGGGCUGCAAGGUUAGCAUUGAUAGCUGAAGAGGUUGGUUUUCUUGAUGUGAUUCCGAAAGUUGGAAAGUUUUUGAAGGAUACAAUUGAGCCUUGGCUUGAUGGAACUUUUAAUGAGAAUGGAUUUUUUUAUGAUAAAAAAUUUGGUGGAAUUGUCACUAAACAAGGUUGUAUGUUUUAUUGCAAUGAAUGUUUACAUUCGGGAAUUUGUAACGCUGAAAUUAAUCACUUGGGAUAUUUCCUUUACGGCAUUGCUUUUCUUGUUAAGCUUGAUCCAGAUUGGGGAAGAAAGUAUAAGCCUCAAGCUUAUUCACUUAUGGAAGAUUUCAUGAACUCGAGCACAAGUUUGAACCCAAAUUACACGCGAUUAAGGUGUUUUGAUCUAUAUAAGUUGCACUCUUGGGCCGGAGAGUUAACCAAAUUCUCUGAUGGAAGAUAUCGGAAGGGUAGUGUUGACGCUAUCAAUGCAUAUUAUUCUGCUACUUUGAUUGGUUUAGCAUAUGGUGAUGCCGAUGUAAUUUCCAUUGGAUCAACCUUAAUGGCUUUGGAAAUUCUAGCAGCUAAAAGAGAUGUUACACUAUGGUAUUAUAGUCGUCAUGCUUCAAAAACAUGUUUUCGAAUUUUACCUUUGUUGCCUAUUUCUGAAGUGUUGUUUUCUGAUGUUGGUUAUGUGAAGGAUCUUGUUGAGUGGGGAGUGCCUGCUUUCUUGGGAAGUGGUCGUUUAGAAGAAGGUUGGAAGGGUUUUUUAUGUGCUUUGAAGGGACAAUAUGAUAAGGAUAAUUCUAUGAAGAAAAUAAGAAAGUUUAGUUUUUCUGAUGUUGAAAAUUCAUUUAGUAAUUUGUUGUGGUGGAUUCAUAGUAGAGGUUAA